AUGGAACUCCGGGGCCGCCGCCAUGGCCGCCACAGCCCCGCACGGCCCCGGGCGCUCGAAACAGCGCGCGCGGACCGCGCUCGCCCCGCCCCUUCCCGCCACGGCCCUAUCAGCACCCGGCGGCUGCGCCGCGCGCCGAGCCCUCGCCCAAUCGCCGGCUCCCCUGCCCUCCCGACCGUUGGCGCAACGUCACCCGCGCGCCUCUGCGCUCCGCGGCGGAAGGGGUGGCCCGGCGGCACCGCCGCUCUUCCCGUCCCGUCCCGUCCCGGGGCACCGGGGGUCACCCCCAUGGCGGCAGCGGCGGCAACGGUGCUGCUGCGAGCGGCGGGCCGGGCCCUGCUGGGCCGUGCCGCUCCCCUGCCCUGCGCCGAGCGGAGCUUUAGCGACUGCGGCGGGGCGCGCUGGGCGCCCGUGCGGCCCGGCCUCCCCGUGCCGCUGUCCUCGCCCCUGGCUGGGCUCUCCCGGCCCAUCCGCAUCAAGGAGCCGCCCAAGCGCAAGCCGGUAGAUCGGUGGACGAAGAAGCGGGCCUUGUUCGGGGUGUAUGAUAACGUGGGGAUCCUGGGCGGCUUCCAGAUCCACCCGAAGAGUCUCAUCAUGGGGCCCACUUGGCUGCGGGGCUGGCGGGGGAACGAGCUGCAGAGGUGCAUCCGCAAGAAGCAGAUGGUGGGCGAUCGGAUGUUUGCAGAGGACUAUGACAAACUCAACAAGAGGAUCCGGUACUUGUACAAGCGCUUCAAUCGCACCGGAAAGCACCGCUAGGGAACAGCAGUGGCUUCAGCCCGUGGAGUGUAGUUUUGUGCAUUGCAGUCGGAAUAAAGCCAGCUUCCACACGA